AUCAUACCUUUGCCAGCUGAGGAAGGAUGGAGGCCCCUCCAGUGACUGUUAUGCCCGUGACGGGCGGCGCAAUCAACAUGAUGGAAUACCUGCUGCAAGGCAGUGUCCUGGACCAGGCUCUGGACAGCCUCCUGCACCGGUUGCGCGGCCUGUGCGACAACAUCGAGCCCGAGACGUUCGCUGACCACGAGCUGGUCUACCUGCUGAAGGGCCAGCAGGGCCAGCCGUUCCUGCUGCGCGCCCGGCGCUCUCUCUCCCACCCCACGGCUCCCUGGCACCUGCGCUACCUGGGCCAGCCCGAGGUGGGCGACAAGAGCCGGCACGCGCUGGUGCGCAACUGCGUGGACGUGGCGGCCUCGCACAGCCUGCCCGACUUCCUCAACGAGAUGGGCUUCCGCAUGGACCACGAGUUCGUGGCCAAGGGACACGUGUUCCGCAAGGGUGGCAUGAAGGUGGUGGUGAGCAAGCUGUCCCGGGUGCUGGUGCCGGGCAACACGGAGAACACGGAGCAGCUGUCUCUCUCCUCAUUGGUGGAGCUGAGCGUGCUGGCGCCCGCCGGACAGGACACCGUGUCGGAGGACAUGAGGGCCUUCGCCGAGCAGCUCAAGCCCCUGGUGCACCUGGAGAAGAUCGACCCCAAGAAGCACACCUGACCUGAAGGAUGGGCAGGAGAAUGGAGGGGGGGGGGAGAGGUGUGCAGUGGAGCAUAGUCUAGUCCAGCAGCUCGUACCUUGCUCUCCUACUCCUCUCUCUCUACCUGAGCGGCGUGGAGGGAUGGAGAAGAGCGUAGUCUCUAGUCAAUCCAUUGUUCUCCUCUCUUCUCUCUACUGAAGCCGAAGCGGAGCGGGUGGUGCUUCAUGGACUAGCCCCCCCCCCUGGUGCACCAGGAGUUUGGACACCCAUAGAAGCACACCUGUCAUGGAGGGGUGGAGUGGAGUGGAAUAGGUUCAUGAACUAAAGCCCGCUGGUGGACCAGCGGCAACCCACCCAGCAGCACAGCAGACUGUUUUUCAGGCCAAGGCAAAAGGGGUACAGUCUAGGGCUGUAACGAUACACUCAACUCACAAUUCGGUUCAUAUCACGAUUUUUGACCUACGGUUCGAUACACCCCACGAUUUCUGAAAUGUAUCUCCACUGAAGUUUGGAAACACUAUCACAUCAAAUCAUAAGGUUGUUUUCUGGACUAAUGGGUAAUAAAACUUUGAAAGGGCGUAUCACGAUACUGCCUCCUUGUAUCACGAUACAGUAUCGUGACUCUGUGUAUCACGAUUUCUCGGUUCGAUACAAUAUCGUUACAGCCCUGGUACAGUCCCAUUAUCCCCACUCCCGUCCUCGACCUGUGCUGGUGGCCUCGCUCUCCGCUGACUCCCCGCCUCCGUGGAGAAAACGAUUGAAGUUUCCCCGCUGGCAGUCUAGGCACAACAGCUUUUUGGGGGACGUUUCUCCCAUUCAACAUCCCGAUUGCAAAUGGAAAAAAUGACCUUUCAAUUGUGCCUUUUGCAAGUAUUGAAUUAAAAUGCUGUCGUCAAUGACUUCUUUUGACGUCAACAUCACAAGGCCACAGGCACAAAGGAGGACGGGAGUCAUGAUAAUGGAAAGAGCCCAAGGGGUGUUGCUGCCUGCCCUGAUGGAGAUGUAGCAACAGAGUGGGUGUGUAGUACUUCCCUCUCUCUCUUCCUCACACUCCUCCUUUCUCAUCUUUACAUAUCCUACCUUUGCACGAAGCACAUGUGAGUGAGUGGGUGGAGAGGGUUCCACAGACUAAAGCCAGCCACCCCAGCAAGGAAUACGUGAAUGGGCUUUUUGGCAAGGUUGACUUUCAUUCAUCUCUCGUCUGGAACUUCUUUUUGAAGACUCCUUCUCAAGGGCAUUAUGAAUGGCCCCCAUGGUACAGGCUGCCUCUGUCGGACGUAACACUCACUCAGCAUUGACCCUAGAGACAGAGCGCAAGAACACACACACACACACACACACACACACACACACACACACACACACACACACACACACACACACACACACACACACACACACACACACACACACACACACACACUCUCAACUUUGACCAUGCUCACUACACCCCCUCUUCCUUCUCUUGCUUGUCUGUCUGUACAAGUCUGUUGGAAACACUUUAUUUUAGCAUUCCAUCUAUUAGCACUAAUACAUACAAUGCUAAUGCCUGUACUGUAUAAGUAACUUGUAAGGCAUGUGCUAAGCAAAAUCAAACAUUUGUUUGGCAUGUAUUCGCAAAUGUCUUGGUUCACUUCACGCACAAUUAGGGAUUUAUUACCAAUAUAACCUUAGUAAGGUCCUAACAAAUGUUUGAUUUUGCUUUAAUGCCUUACAAGUUGCUUAUACAUACAGGCAUUAACAUUGUAUGUAUUAGUGCUAAUAGAUGUAAUGCUAAAAUAAAGUGUUAGCAGUCUGUUUCAUAAUAUAAACACCCUGGCUGUUCUUGCCUUUCUUUACUUCACGUAUUGAAAAUUCUUUCUAUUCCUUCUUCUCAAAUAUAACAUACAUCCACAUUCAUCUCUGCUAAUUAAUUGUAAAGCCUUUAAAGAAUACAACAUUUGCAUACAAUGUGCCUGAUGAGCAUAAUGGAGACAUCAAUUUUAACAAGCUGUUUCUGUUGCCAGGAGACAGCCUGAGGAUAAAAUGAAUAAACACUUGAUUUUCAUACGACA